AUGGAUCUCGCAGCGGUACAAAACACACAGCGAGCAGAGAGAUGGGACAAGGGCAUCAAGAUUGGAGAGGGAACAUUCGCCAAUGUCUACAAAGCAGGCAAGGAAAAGGCAACAGGUCGGACAGUCGCCAUCAAGAAGAUCAAGGUCGGCGAGAUGAAGGAUGGCCUCGACAUGACGGCCCUGCGUGAAGUCAAGUUUCUGCAGGAAUUGCACCAUCCCAACAUCAUCUCGCUGCUUGAUGUCUUUUCCGUCAAGCAAAACAUCAACCUCGUCCUCGAGUUUCUGGAUACCGACCUCGAAGCGGUCAUCCGGGACAAGUCCCUCAUCUUUCAGAACGCCGACAUCAAGAGCUGGACGGCCAUGUCUUUGCGUGGAUUGGAAUAUAUCCACCGGAGCGGCGUGCUGCAUCGGGAUCUCAAACCAAACAAUCUGCUCAUUGCGAGUAAUGGUGAUUUGAAGAUUGCUGAUUUUGGGCUGGCGAGGGAGUUUGGGGAUGCUGGGAGCAAGAUGACUUGCCAGGUGAUCACUAGGUGGUAUCGGCCUCCGGAGCUGCUCUGGGGGUCCCGUCACUACUCGGCUGCUGUCGAUAUGUGGUCUAUCGGGACCAUCUUUAUCGAGCUUAUCCUUCGGGUCCCUUUCUUGUCUGGCGAAUCCGAUAUCGACCAACUGAAAAAGACCUUUCAUGCUAUGGGGUCGCCGACCGAGGAGGACUGGCCAGGCCAUACGAAGCUACCCGACUAUCACGAGAUACCUGGCUACCCAAAGAAUCCCUGGUGGAAUAUGAUUCAGUCUAUUGGGCGGGACGGGCAAGAGUUCGCGAGGGAGUUGUUGCGAUAUGAUCCGAUGGCACGACCGGCUGCAAGAGAGGCACUCGCGCAUGGUUUCUUUACAUCGCUGCCUAGACCGACGCCAUCUCUUAACCUGCCCAAGCCACUGGCAGAGCUGCGGCCACGGGCGCUGGCGCCAGACGAGACGAGAGGGAAGCCGUUGACGAGCGGAGGGACGAAGCGAAAGGCCGAGUCGCCGACCGUGGAGCGUCAUAGAAGUGUAGCUAGAAAAUUAUUCGCAUGA